UAUAACAAGGUUAAGUUGCCUCUUACUAUAACACACAACUUCAGCUUUGAGGUAAAGCUUAAACUAAAAAAAAACAGAACAGAGAUGGGUUUGGUCACAGAGGAGGUGAGAGCUAAGGCAGAGAAGUACACCGGAGAUGAGAUAUGCCGAGAGAAGACAAAAGUCUUCCUCAAGGAAAUAUCUAUGCCCAAUGGUUUACUACCACUGAAGGACAUAGAAGAGGUUGGGUACGACAGAGAGUCAGGUGUUGUGUGGCUGAAGCAGAAACAGAGCAUCACUCACAAGUUCGAAACGAUCGAUAAGCUUGUCUCCUACGGAACCGAGGUCACGGCCGUGGUUCAGACGGGUAAGAUCAAGAAGCUCACUGGAGUCAAGGCCAAGGAGCUUCUUAUCUGGGUCAGUGUCAGUGAGAUCUAUACAGAGGAAAAGGAGAAGAUCACGUUUAAGACCCCAACCACACUUUCCAGGACUUUCCCAGUCUCAGCUUUUGUAGUCCCAGAGGAAGUGGAACCUGCCAAGGAAGAACCUGCCAAGGAGAAGAGCAGUGAAGCCGCCGCCGAGGUCAAAGAGGCUGUUGCAGUCAAGGAGGCCUAAUCAAAGCUUUUCUACAGUUAAAAGAGACCAAAAUCUAUUGAAGUGUACUUCAACAAUGUAAACAGACUAUUGAGAGUUAGUGUUUCUCACUGCUCUUACUCUCAUGUAUUACCUACCCCUCGUUUCUGCAUGUUUUAUAUGUAAUAAGAUGUCAAUAACAUCAUCCUGUUAUACAAAAAGUACCGUAAUUAUCUAUAGACUACAUUGAAGUUGGUUCUGUA